GAGAGAGAGAGAGAGAGAGAGAGAGAGAGAGAGAGAGGUCAGAGCGGAGGGGGCGUAAAUCACUUCACUGGCUCGUGGCUGGAGAACUGGCAGAGGUACAAGGCUGCUGCUGAGGAAACGCUUUCACCUUCACCGCCGGUGGUUGUACACUGCGGGUAGAACCAAAGCGUCGAGCCCGGACCUUUUCUUUUAUUGUCUCGGCAUGUCCUCCUAGUCUCUCUGUCCUGCCGCAGAGGACGCCAUCGGGCAGGAGCCGAAGUGACCAGCAGUGGAAGGAUGUUGUGACGAACAGACUGACAUCACUGCUCGGUGGAACAUGGCUCCCAUGUCUUUCCUGAUCCCAACUUUGCUCCUCUCCUUCCUCCCUCUUUCUAAUGCCCAGACCAUCAUUGGCUCUUCUUCCUCCUUCCCUGCUCUGGACCUGCCGAACAAUUCACCUGCACCCACCAAGCAUACUGUCCGAUUCUGGCCCUCUUUGCCAUCCAGAGGACGCAGUGAUGUUCCCGUCAGAGUAACAGCCCAGGACAAAUUAACAACUAUGAACAUGGUGGAACAGGAGGAAAGGACCAAUCAUCCACCAUCACAGUUCAGUUCUUCUCUUACUUUGACUAUAUCAACACAAAGUCCUAAUAGAGGGCGUACUACAGUCCAGCCAACUGCCUCCAGACCCAGGACUGACACAGCUAGUUUAGCAUUUGGCAGGGAUUUAUCAAAGGUGGAAGCUGCCAAGAAAGGCUUGACACCACCUUUGCCCACUUUACCUUUUGCUGCUGGUGCUGAACCUGCAGAUAAUGGGGAGACUGCAGAGGAAGGACCGGUUAAAGAAGAAGAUGAUGAUUCACAAGGGUUGGGAUCAGGCAGGACUCCAACAGUAGCGUUUGUCAAGCAGGCAUCACCUCAUCGUCUGCCAACAGUUAGUGAUGAAAUGCCACAGUAUCGACCAGAAGCGCAGACCAUGAUAUCCAAAGUUAGUGAUGGAAACCAACCACUUGAAGAUCAGGCUGUGCUGGCUACAACCAGCACGUCUUCAGCACAACACCCCGAGAAAGAUACCACACUGCCCUCUGUGAUAACUCAGCCACCUCUGAAGACACUAGAGUUAACAGACAAAUUAGGAGGGACCAGUCCUUCCACCUCUGCAACAUCAUUCAUCUCUACUGAGAAACAGUCACAGAUGGCAGAGCAACCCGUUCUGGGCCGGACUAGUUUGCAUCCGAACACUUCGACAGCACAAGUGGCCCACACAUCUGCAGCCGCUGAGCUCGGCCCAACGCAGAAGGCAGAUUGGACCACAACAAGUCAAAGCAGCAGAACCACACCAACAGGAAGACAAACAACUGUACAGUUCUCAAGGAGAGGAGCCUUUUCUGUCCUCCCAACUGGUGUUGUUCCUGUCAUCCGAUCAAGAUUCAGCCCCACGUAUCAGGCUGAGAGGAACCACGCUGUUCUCCUUGGACAUCCUUACCAAGCUCCCUAUUCCACUUUGAUCCCAUCUCCUUCCCCCAGCGUGAGUUCUUCAGUAAACGGCACACUUAUUUACUGGGGAGAUCUGAGCCGGACGUUGGCUUUGGCCUGGGAACUUCACGUCUACGGCACAGCGAGCCUCUUUCUUCUUCUGUUUGUUGGAGCUGCCCUCAACCUCAUGCUGUCUCCUGCCACAAACUGUCCUCAUCGCGGCGCCCUGGCACUUGCCAACGGUCUUCUGCUUCUCGUUGGAGGCCUCAGGGCAGUUCUCUUUUUCAUCGACCCCUAUGGCACGCGGAACGUCCUCCCUCGCCCUGCCGUUACAGCCCUCUACAACCUGCCUCUGCACCUGUUGGUGUGGGCGCAGGCAGCUAUGGCACUGCUUGCACUUAAGGUGGCAGGAGUGAGUUUGUUACCGUCUACUUUAGAGCAUCUUCCGCUGGUGGCUGUGCUGACAGUGUUACAGUGCACCCUGCUGUUGGCUGUGGAUCUGUUGUCUCCAGCUCUGUCUCCGGUGGUGCCGAUCACGCUACAGGUCCUGUCCCUGUGUUGGGGCCUGGCACUUUGUUUGGGCUACCUGUGCUACGUGUUUCCACGUAUACGCUGCCCUCCUCUUCCCCACCAUGGAGUCCCCGAAGAAGCCGGGAGGAAGGUUUGGACAGGAAGCCAGAGAACAGGAGUGAUUCUGGGGAGAGUGUUGGUGAUGUGUGCAGUUCUCGGAGCUUUGUGCUGUGGCUUACAUGUCCAUGCUUCUAUGUGGCUUUAUGGAUUGUUAGGAGAUAGGACCCGCUUCAACUGGGGCUGGUGGCUUGUGCACUUCUGGGCUCGGCUCCUGGAACUGGUCUGGGGGUUCUUUCUCCUAAUUCUGGCUUCUUGGUUGUUCUGGAGACCUGUGGGGUGCAGGAGAAGGGAGGAAGUAGGGCAAGCUGGCAGAGCAACAGGUGAACUACCAUCCCCUGGACAGUCUGUAGGCUCCCCACAAAGACAUACAUGCUGGUCCAAGAUAGUCCAAAGCCUGCGGGGGAAGCCCUACAGAAAGUCUGACAGUAAUGGUGUGGGAGGAGGCGCGGUGGAGAUGCCUAACAACUGGGCUGGCCAGGAGCGUCCUGGAGCUGAUAUCAGCAAGAGUCUCAUUAGGAACCAGGACCACGCUCAGAAUGCUGCACAGGCACGCUGCGUCAAAGACAACAAGCACGGACAGAACAACAGUGGCCACUCUGCAGAACGAGACACAACCGAUGAAUCCUCUGGGCCGACGCUGAGGCUGCAGACUCCGGGUCAGCCCCCGCAGCGCUCAGUGAGUGGCAGUCUGGAUCAGGAUCGGGACACUUCCCUGUCAUUCUACGAGUUCGACCUGCGGCCUCCCUCCCCCAUCAACCUGACUCGCAGCAUUGACGAGGCGCUGCACAGAGAACACUUGCUCGAAGGGGGGAGUCUUUUCCAUCCUUUGAACCAGACUUCCCAGUCUCCUUCCCCUGGCUCAGGGAACAGCCAGGGGGCCUGGAUCCGCAGAAACAGCGACCCUCAGUUGCUCUCCGAAAGCAGUGACGCCCCAACAGAGUCCUCCAUGCCACUGGGGGGCAGCAUUCUCAGCAGUGUGCCUAGCAGGCAGGUGACCGCUCCCCCCACGCCAUCUCACCAGGGUCACAGAUGGGCUGGGAACGGCGUAGCCUGCGUACCCUCAUCAGUGUCCUGCCCGGUGUCACUUCAUCCCUCUAGAACAUCAACAGGGAAUCUGGGGGACGAGGAAGUGGAUGACACACGGCCCUUUAUCACCCCAGACUCGGAUCGGGUACGAGGAAGACCAGGGAGGCCAGCAGGAUCACGCAGUUACCUGGAAGUCAGUCGACAUGACGAUUCUGCCAGUGUGAGCAGUGAAAUUAUAGACCUCUGAACCGAACCCUGAACAGUAAGACCAACGACUGCAUUUCAAGCUCACUCAUUUAAUGACUUCUGUGUCAGAUCAGGACUUUCAAAAAAAAUGGAGAAAACCUGUUUCAAAAUUAGUCUUUUUGAAAGAGGAAAUAUACAUUGAUGAUCUAGAUAAUGAGACCUAAACAUUAUUGUCUAGUUGCCUUUUAUAUUGAUAAAGGAUUUACCAAGUGGGGUGUGGAACAGGUUUUCUUAAUAGUUUACUCAUUAAGCAAAACUGGGAAAUAGCACAGACAAGCAGCACACACAAAUUGUUUUCACUCAUCUUGUGCACACAAUCUUUUUGGUCUGGUGUUGAGUUUUCAGGGACCAGAACUACAUGUUUCAUUAGAGAGGCUUUUUAGCAGAUCUGUGCUCAAAACUUGCAAUAGUCAGACAUUUUAUCCUCCCACAACAUAUGAGAUGGAAAAGAUGCUCAGCUCCCAGUAAUGUGAUUACCUGUCCUUUAGGUCCCAUUCUUGUUUUGUCUGGAUGCACUUGUCAGCUUAUCAUUGGUUGUGAAUUUCUUGGAGUUUAUUCUGUUUGCUUUUGUGAUAUAAAGAUGUGCCAUAUGUAA